GCGUGCGCCGCUUUGUUAGGACACAAACAGUUUGAUACUCAUUCAGUAAUAAACACUCAAGUGCCAUAACCUUCUCUACAAACAACAAAAUGCGUGUGAUUGUGGUGCUUUGUCUGGUCGCUGCCGCUGCUGCUCAAUACGAAUAUGCCGCCAAUACGCAGCCACAAGUGGGUGCCGCUCAGCUCUCCGAACCCAUACAGCCAGCCAACGAAUUCAACAAGGAAUACUACACCUACUCGGCACCCGAACAUGAAUUCGAUGAUGCUGGCGCCGCUGACAAUAUUGGCAACUCAUUGAAGAAGAACUUGCGCGUCGUCUUCAUUAAGGGACCUGAGAACUCUGGACUCGAGAACGCUGCUCUGCAAUUGGCUAAAUCUGCUGGCGAAGAACGCACCGCCAUCUAUGUGCUCAGCAAACAAGCUGACAUCGGCGAUUUGGCCAACAAAUUGAACUCCGUACAGAGCACCGCCAGCAAACCCGAAGUACACUUCGUUAAGUACCGUACCCAAGCUGAUGCUGAGAAUGCCCAACGUGCCAUUCAAUCGCAAUACGACACAUUGCCCGGUGCAUCGAGCAAUCACAAUGGCGGUUCCGCACCAGUUUUGGACUUUGCCAGCAAAGCCGCAGCAGCACCCGCGCCAGCUGCCGCUCCCGCUGCCCCCGCCAACACUUACAUUCCACCACAAGCACAAGCGUAUUUGCCACCCGGCAGAAGGUUUUAAGCUAUACGAGUGAUAUCUUGCGAAUGUCGUGAUUAACUGUUGACUAGUUUUAAUAUACUUGUUUUUAUUGUUUUGAUUUUUAUUAGUUCUUACGUUCUGUUUGCUAUUUCCUGUUCGA